ACGACAUUGAAAACAUGCCAUCCUUGACGGAUUUUGUCGAUUUCAACCAGCCUAGCUUCAAAGUUGCUGCGGCUGCCAUUGCUUUUAAUCCAAUUUUCUGGAAUGUGGUUGCUCGACAAGAAUACCGAAACCACUUCUUAACUCGCAUCUUUGGUAGUCCCUAUUAUGGCUGCUAUUUCCUUGCUGUAGUCAUUUUCUCGCUAGGGAUAUUCCGUGAUAAUCUCUACAAUGAAGCCCUCAAGGAUCAACCAUAUUUUGCGCCUGUCCACCAACCUUACGUUGCCUACGGCCUUUUUGCCGUGGGAAAUACCCUGGUAGUUUCCAGCAUGUGGGCAUUGGGCCUUACCGGGACCUAUCUAGGUGACUACUUCGGGAUUUUGAUGGACGCGCCUGUCACUGGGUUUCCGUUCAACGUUUCAGGCGCACCGAUGUAUUGGGGCAGCACCAUGAGCUUUUUAGCUGUCGCGCUCUACUAUGGGAAGGUGGCAGGACUCGUGUUAACCGCGGAAGUGUUUAUUGUGUAUUGGUUGGCCCUGAAAUGGGAGGACCCUUUCACAGCCGAAAUUUACGCGAAGCGCAAUCGAGACAGGGCAAAGUCCGGGAAAAACAGCAAGCGGGCUUAGCGGGUCUUACCGCACGUCGAAUUAUUCGCCUGGAAACGGGGGCAGAUCAACUCCCUCGAACUGGUCAUUUCCACGAGACUUCAACAGUGAUCUCGGCUAUCAUAUGGCCAGUGAUGGCAAAGGCAAAUAGGUUAUCUGGCAGAGCAAGAAGCUGGAACAACCGACCAUUGAGCUAUGCAUUCGAGCCAAACUCUCGUGCAUCCUCAACGAUCGACCGAAAUAGAACUCCCAGCACCACGGUGGAAAACAUCGGCAGGAAGACACUAUUAUUACUGCCCCAACAAACAAGUAGAUUUGUCGCAAUUUUAUAGCGCCAGUUGCUUCACAGUAGCAAAGAGUGCGAU